AUGGCAAACAAGACAAGACCAAAGAAAGUGAAAGCUCCUUAUAGGAAAUAUGUAGCAGGUGAAGGAUUUUAUAAAGUAUCUCUAUCACAGGAAUCCUCUUUUUCUGUUGUUUCAUCUAUCCGCAAAUUAAAUUUAAAUGACACACCCAACUCUCUAGAUUUUCCAAAGACUGCAUUAGUCACUAAUUACUACCAUGAUGGUCAAGACAUGAAACUGCCUUGGGAAUUACAAAAACUUAUUAUUGAAUAUGCAUCCUCUCUUCCAAAUACAGAGGAAUAUUCAUCAACAGAAUCGAAUUCUAACAGAAAAAAUACAAGAGGUGUUGUACCGAAGGAAUUUUGCCUUGUAUGUCAUCAGUGGUAUAAUUAUUCUUUGCCUCUUCUCUAUUUUUCUCCUAAGCUAACAUCAUACAAUUUCCAUAAAUUCGUUGAUUGCUUGAUAGUUGACAAGAAAAGGAAAAACGGUGAUUUAGUCUUUGAAUUGGAUCUAUCUACUAUCUUACAAAGUGGUAAAAAUUCAUAUGUGUCUAAAUUAUUACGACGAUGUUCCAAAAAUUUAGUUAAAUUUACAGCACCACAAACAAGUUUUGGCUAUUCACCAUUGAUAUCAUUAAAAUCGUGCCAUAAUCUAAAAUAUUUAGAUUUAGGUUUAGUCUCAGAGACAGUUAAACUAAAGGAGCUAUUUGCUGCAAUUAAGAAUUUUAAAUCAUUAACCCAUUUAUCAUUCCCUAGAAGUUCUAUAGAUUGCGAUGGAUGUGAAGAAGGAUUUCAGUGGCCCAUGAAUUUACAAUAUUUAAAAUUAAGUGGUGGAUUGACUAAUGAGUUUGUUAGAACUACUAGUUGGCCUACUACCAUUAUAACUUUAGAAUUCUCUGAUUGUCCCAAAUUAGACGAACAAUCGGUGUAUGUUAUCCUUGAUAAGAUUGGAAAUAACUUAAAACGGUUAUUAUUCUAUUACCCCAUGCCCUCGUUGCGGGACAAUUCAUUGGAUUUUAUCUUUCGAUAUUGCCCAAAUUUGAUCACCAUUCAAUUAAUGGUUGACUAUUGUACCAGAUGGACCUUUUCUGAAUACAUGUUAAUUAAAUUAGAAAAUUUUCAACGACCAUUAAGGACGUUGAUCCUACAAUCAAGUGGAAGAUUGGGAAUGGCUUCCAAAAUUCACCCUGAUGACUUCACUAUUGCAAUUUUAGAAGAUAGGUUACCAAAUUUAAGAUCUCUAUCCAUUUCAGAAAAAUUAGGAUGGGAUAUGAAAAGUGAUGAUGUUGAAGAUUUAAUCACCGCUAUUGAAGAUCAAGGUGGAAGUCUAUAUUCGAUAUACUAG